AUGAGUACAUCUAACAGUAAUUACAGUUAUACUCUCGAUAAUGAAGUGCUAGGCGUUCCAUUUGCUGGUAUAGAAGACGCUGGCCUUUCGGAUCUACGAUUGGAUAAAAUAUCGAUGCAUUUACCAUUGAAAGCAAGCGUUGCAGAUUUAUCAGAUGAGUGGGAUUCAUCAUUUCCAGAGACUCCGAAUACUGAGUUUGGAUCAUCGACGGGGGAUUCUCUCGCAACAUCAAUGACAAAUUUGAAUUUGAAUCUAAAUAUGGCAUCGGCUAAAAAUGUGAGAUUUGGUGAAGAUCCAGCUUUGUUAUUAAAUGAAUUAAAUGACGGACAUCAUCAUCAUCAAUUACAUAGACCUAUGAUAUUACCUGUAAGUGAUGUAAAACGAACUAGAAACGUCGAGGAUUUGAUACGAUCUGCAACAUCGAUGAAUGAUUUUGUACAAGAUAAAAUUGGUAAAAUCAAUGAUUUUAGAACUCAUUUGGACCAGAAUGGAUUAUAUAACAAUAAUUCUACUGUGAAGAAAAAUGAUAUCUAUUUAAGGUCACAUAUCGGAUCCGUUUCUAAUUUUGAAUUAAGUGAUGCUGAAACUGUUCCCACAGAAGAUACUUUGAAUUAUGAUAUUCAAGAUAAUAUUGACUUCAAUUUUAAUUUAGAAAGUCAUGACAUUAAAAAUAAUGAAAUGGAUUCUGCUCAAGUAGAACUGAAUAGAAAUAUACGAAAAUAUGCAGAACUGAAACAGGUUCCUAAGGACGAAAAUUUACAAAACUCUAUUUCAAAGUUUGAAGCUUAUGAGUUCGAUCCAUCUAAUUUAAUUCAAAUUAAUAAAGUAACAAUAAAUGAAGCUAUUAGAUAUUUUACAAUAACUAUAGAGAAACUAUUACAAUUGUCACAGAAUAUUAACAAUCAAUCACUAGAUAAGCGUAAACGUGAUCAUGAUCGUUCCGAUUUGUCAAGUUUCAAAAUGAAAAGUAUUCCAUCUCUCUCAUAUCAUGAUCUAAUCACAAGAAUUCAAAAAAAAUGUGAAUUUGAACCUGUUAUUUUUUUACAAAGCUCACAUUUAUUACAGAUACUGUUCAUCGACAGAUCAAUUGAAGACACAGAAGAAAUACAUUUAAAGAAUAAAUUGGAAUUGCAUCACGUCCAUAGACUCAUUAUUGCAUUAGUUAGAAUCAGUUGUAAAUUGUUACAAGAUAAACAAUAUUCUCAUGAAUACUUCAGUAAAGUAUGUGGCAUUACAAAAAGAUUACUUACAAAGCUAGAAGUUUCAUUAAUGAUUGCAGUGAGAAACAACGAAUUGAUGUGCCGUAAUAGAGACUUGUUACACGCAGUAUUUACAGUAACACUAUUGGAAAAUGCCUGUAAUCAAUAA